GAGGAGAGCAGCUGGCUGCAGCACGCUGAUAAUAAACGACCCUUUUGGUUCAUUUAAUGCGACUUUAUUUGGGUUUCUGUUGAUUCUGAACCGGAAGAAUGAAAACCAGUGAGUCACCACUGGUGCAGCCGGUGCACGUGCACGUACCUGAGGCUACACCUGUGCACGUGCACAUGAGGAGGAGUCCCAGCAAGACCCCACAGAAUAGGACAAAUGAUGCCCAGAUGAGGGGAGACGGAGGGAGGCCAAAGGUCCGGACGCCGUGGAUUCCUCCAGGAAGACUGUCCUGCAGAAGAGACGUGGGCUCGUACAACUGUCAGAGAAGCAGAGCGGAGCAUCGAUCAGAAAGUGCAGUCGGACAUGAUGACGAGGAGCAGGAAGAAGAGCUCGAUGCAGUAUCCAAAAACCUCAGUGUCCUCCUCCGAGAGCAGGAGAGCAUGCGUCAUUCAAAGAGGUCGGAUUCUCGGGGUCAACACAGAGAUACAGACGUUCUCUUGAGGGCGCUCGUAGAAGUAGAAAUCGACGGCGUAGCAGUAGCCAAUCAGCUGACAGCCCUGAAGGAAACCACGGACAGCCUCUCUCAGGACAAGCGUCUGUCAAAGUUGCACGCAGCGUCACUCCGACGGCAGCAGGAGUUGCUGCUGGAGAAGAUCGAGAUGUUUGACAACACGAACCACAGCCUCCGAGAGCUCCUCAGAGAGUGGAGUGAAUACGAGAGAGAAUCAUCGGUGUGGUUAGAACAGAAAGACGCCUUAAAGAAGAGACUGACUGACAGUGAAGCAGAGAACAUUCGACUCUUGGCCAAACUCACCAACAAGGAGAAAGAGGCCUCUAAGCUGGCGGUGUAUUUGGACUUUGAAAAGGACAACGUGAAGACGACGGAGGAGCUUUCAAGAAUCCUGCAGACGACCCGCUGCCAUCUGGAAUCUGAGCUGGACCGAACAGAAGCAGAAAAGGUCCAACUGGCUGCUCAGGUUCAGAGGAUGCAGCAGAGCCACGAGCAGCAGCAGGAGGAGCUGCAGGCUCUGCAGGAGGAGCUGCAGAAUCUGAGGCAGCGGAGAGAGGAAGAGGAGGAAGAGGAGGGGCGGCAAGACCGGGAGGCGCUGGAUCUUCUUACCCAGAAGGCCGAGCGAGCCGAGGAGUCCGCCAGGCAGCUCGCGGCAAAACUGCAGGAGAAGGAGUCCCAGUUGGCUCAAGCUCUGUCCACAUCCAGUGACUGGUGCCUCCUCCACUCUAAAGAGGCAGCGGCUAAAGGACAUCUGGAAGAAGACAUUUCUGCUCUCAAACUUCAGGUGUCGGAGCUGAACUCUCAGCUUCAUUCAGCGGAGGAGAGGAGUCGGGCGGAGAGGGAGGAGCUCAGGGAUCAGCUCCAUCACCUCAGUGCUGAAAACGCCUCCACAAAGCUGGACAACCAAAGACUCGGGGGUCAGUUGACGUCCUCUGAGGAGAAGCUCCGCGACCUGCAGUCUGAAGCCCGUCGGCUGAAAUCCUCCAUCAAAAAGCAAGAAAACCUGGUGGAGAAAUACAAGAAGAAGGUCCAGCAGGUCCGUCUGGAGUCGGAGGAGCACUGCCUGAAGCUGGCGCUGACGCAGGAGGAGGCGCGGGAGGCGAGGGUGAGCCUGGAGAGGGAGACGGAGCAGGUGAGGAGGGAGCUGCUGGGUCGGAUCAGGGAGAUGGAGGCGCUGCCCGACCGGCUGAGGAGGACGGAGCAGCAGCUCAGAGCCGCCCAGCAGGAGGCCGACGCCCACCAGAGGAGGAACGAGGAGCACAACGCGGCCAUCGCUGAAGUCAGACACAAGGUGGAACAGCAGGGCACUCAGCUGGAGACGUUCCAGCAGAGGAACCUGCUGCUGCAGGAGGAGAACAACGUUCUCAAGGAGAAAAUACACAACUUUGAGAGGAGGCUGGAGGACAUGAGGGUGGAAAACAAAGAGAUGUCUCAGGUUCUCCCCUCUAAGGAGGCCACUAUCCGCAGCGUUCAGCAGCAGCUGGAGGAGAAGACGCGGGAGUGCAGCGUCCUGACCAGACAGCUGCAACAAACCCUGGACGACGCUCAGAGACAGGUGGACGACAGCAUGCAGAGGGUUUUGGCCAAAGAGAGAACGUCUCAGUCUAAAGCCUUGGACCUGCAGAGCCAGCUGAGCCGAGCCAAAACGGAGCAGAAUCAGCUCCAGCGAAGCAAAGAGGAGAUGGAGCGUCGUUUCCAGAGUCAGCUUCAGAACGUGAAGGACAGACUGGAGCAGUCCGACUCCACAAACCGCAGUCUGCAGAACUACGUCCAUUUUCUCAAAACCUCAUAUGGAAACGUGUUCGGUGACUCUUUGCUUACCAGCUGACUGCAACAUUUUGCAACCUGACCAGCAUUCAUACGUUGCCAAAGCAUUACAAUAGACCUAAAUUACCUUUAUUGACUGCUAUUUUUGACUUGAGAGUUUUAUACUAUAUAUGAAAUUAAUAAAACGUUUUAAAUUAAAUGUUCA